UUAUGUUGGAGAGGGUGACACUCUGUUCUGAAGACGCUUAGGUUCAUGGUCUUUGGAGAAUGCCUUCUGUAAUUAUAGUAACUUCAAGAAAAAUGUUAACAAAGUUCCUAUAAUGCUCUGAAUGUGUGUGGAGGCUGUAAUUGUACCAGAUCUCUUCUUUCCCUGUGUGUUCAAAGUGGGUAUCCUAGAAAACAACUUGAUGGCUAAUGCAGAAUGGGGUACAGCCCUAAUUUAAAAGCAGUGGAGAAGAGGCCAUGCUGUUGAGAUCUUCAUCUUAUCCAGAUUCACAAACCAUGGACAAGCCACAAUUGCUCUAUAAUCUCAAGAGUCGCGGAAGAUGUUAUCCUUGUACAAGUAAACCCAGGAGAGACUUUCACAAUUAGAACUGAAGAUGGACACAUCCAGUGUAUUCAAGGUCCAGCACAUGUUCCUAUGAUGUCACCAAAUGGUUCUGUACCUCCAAUAUUUGUGCCUCCUGGCUAUGUAUCUCAGGUGGUGGAAGAAAAUGGAGUUCGGAAGGUCAUAGUUAUGCCGCAUUCUACUGAAUUCCAUCCAUCCAUCCAUCCACCUCCUCCACACGUGCCCCAUUAUAUGCACCCACACCCUGCCUUGCUUCCUCAUCCUCCUCACCCAGUUUACCCUCCAGUUCCAGGGACAGGAGAAAUACCACCGCAGUUCAUUCAUCAACACCCGCCGCCUCCCUCACCACAUCUUUAUCAGGAGCAAGAGUCCCGUUCCCAUGGCAGAACAAAUUUUGUUCAGCGAGAUGAAAGGACUCUCAAAAUGCAGGAGCAUUUGAAGAAAAGGCUAAAAGAUCGGCAAGCUAGCGGACAUACAAAUAGUAAAACAAACAGUCCUCCUUCUUCGCCUCAUAAAGUUAACAAUAGCGCCAACAUUCAGAAUGGAUAUGGAAAGGGACAACAAGGGUCAGGAGGACAGAUAAAGCAGAAGCAAGUAGGAAAAACCAGGGGAAGCCCCAUCCCAUCAGCUGAUUCAGGAAUGGGAGAAUCUGACACAGAAUCUAGAAAGUCUGAAGACCUCUUGAGCUUCAGUAAGCCUACAAUCUCUGAAAUACAGGCAAGAUCAGCAGUCCUGUCCUGGAGUUCUCCAGUUGCAUUGCAAAAUGAAGAAACUCAUAAUCCCACUCCAACAACAUUCACUUUUGAUGUGGCAAUCUCAAACAGCGGUAAAAAUGGAAAAUUUAAAUCUGUUUAUGUUGGUGAAGACACAACUUUUAUCCUUCCUGAUCUCAGACCAGCAACUGAUUACCACGUCAGAGUCUCAGCUUCCAGUAGUUCCACAAAGGAAGUUGUUUCAGAGCUGGCUAGUUUUACUACCGAGAGCUGUGAACCAGACCCUCCAGCUGCACCGAAAGUGGUCAACAAAACCAAAAAUAGCCUGAAUUUACAGUGGAAGUCUACUAAUGACAAUGGCUCCAAAGUAACCAACUACCUUUUAGAAUGGGAUGAGGGGAAGAAUGACACAUUCAAGGAAUGCUACUAUGGGCAUUUAAAGCAGCACAAAGUCACCAAGCUGACCCCCUCUACAAAAUACACAUUCAGGUUGGCAGCCAAAAAUGACAUUGGAAUGAGUGGGUUCAGUGAGACAUUGGUAUGUUACACAAUAGGAAUUGUCCCACCACCACCGCUUCCCCCUCGGCUAACUGAAGCAGGGGUAACAUGGUUAUCCCUGAAAUGGAGUCCUCCAAGUGGAAUAUCUGCAGAUGACUCUCUGACCUACAUUUUAGAAAUGGAAGAGGAAGGUUCUGAUUAUGGUUUUCAAGCAGGGUACAAUGGAGAUGAACUUUCUUGCACUUUAAAAGACCUUAGGAGGAAUACUUCUUAUAAAUUUAGGGUAUUUGCUCAUAAUACUGAAGGAAAAAGUGGUCCUAGUGAGGUAGCAGAAUACAGCACAAGCCCUGACAAACCUGGACCUCCAAGUAAACCAACUGUAAAGGGAAAGAUUCAUUCACAUACUGUGAAAGUUACCUGGGAUCCACCAAAGGAUAAUGGAGGGUCAGACAUCUCUAUGUAUAUCCUAGAAAUUUCAGAAGGCUCAGCCGGCAAUAAAUGGGAGAUAGCCUAUAGUGGUUCCCUGAGAGAACAUGUGUGCACUCAUCUCAAGCCUGGGGCUUCCUACAGACUGAGGGUUUACUGUAUUGGUCGAGGAGGCCAAAGUCAGGCAUCUGAUGCACUCACUGUUCAAACAGCCGCUGUUCCUCCUGGCCCAUGCCACUCUCCGUGUCUGGUGGGCAAAGCCAAACCUAAGGAAAUUGCUCUUCAGUGGGAACCCCCUUCCGUGGACGGUGGCUCAGAGGUGGCAGAGUACAUUGCAGAAAUGGCAACCUCUGACCAAGACGAUCGCAGGCAGAUAUACCGUGGCCAGUUGCCAGAGUGCACAGUGAAUGGUCUCCUGCCUGGGAGAACAUACUGCUUCUGGAUUCGGGCAGCCAACAAAGCUGGGCUUGGCCCUUACUCAGAAAAAGCAGAGAUUUCCACAGCUCCAGGACCCCCGGAUCCAUGCUGCACCCCCUUGCUAACUUGUAGGACAGCUACUUGCGUAGUAGCCUCAUGGGAGAGUCCAGCCUGUAAUGGAGCUGAAGUGAGUGAAUACAGACUGGAGUGGGGCCAGGUGGAAGGAUCGAUGCAUAUAAUAUACUCCGGCCCUCUUCUGAGCUAUGAAGUGAAAGGGCUUACGCCUGCCACCACAUAUUACUGCAGAGUUCAGGCUGUGAAUAUAGCUGGUGCUGGAUUGUUCGGGGAAAUCGGCAUGGUGACGACCCCAGCUUCUGUGCCGGCUGCAGUCGCAGUAUUGCACUUGCUUGAAGAAGAUGAGAUGGAAGCCCCUCUUCCUCUCUCAACGUGCCUUGCUCUUCACUGGGAGGAGCCCUGUUGCCAUGGGGCAGAGGUCAUUGGCUACAACAUAGAAUAUGGGGAAAAACAGCUCUUAACUGUUGGCAGAGUUACAAGCCAUGUUCUGGAGAACCUGCAACCUGACACUUUAUACAGAAUCCGAAUCCAGGCCUUCAACAGUCUUGGAACUGGUCCCUUCAGCCCUUCCAUUAAAACGAAAACAAAGCCUUUGCCUCCUGAUCCUCCACACCUGGAAUGUGUAGUCUUCAGUUACCAGAGCCUUAAGCUGAAAUGGGGUGAAGGCCCUACCAGGGUUUUAGUCCCCAACCCUACACAGUUCAACCUACAGAUGGAAGACAAGUUUGGCAGAUUCAUCACUGUCUACAGUGGACCUUGCCACACAUACAAAGUUCAGCGACUUUGUGAAUCCACAACGUACUUCUUUAAAAUCCAAGCAUGCAACGAUGCUGGUGAGGGAGAGUUUUCUGAAGUUUACGCAUUCACAACAACCAAAUCUCCACCACCUGCUUUGAAAGCGCCCAAAGUCCAUCAGCUGGGAGAUAAUGCCUGCGAGGUGACAUGGGAGCCUUUACCGCCUAUGAAAGGCAACGCCAUCGUUUACAUUUUACAACUUGCCAGCGGGAGGGAAGUUGAUCAGGUAUACAAGGGACCAGAGACUUCAUUCCGUGUUAUGAACAUGCAGACAAACUGUGAAUAUCGAUUCAGGGUGUGUGCUGGGCGGCAGUAUCAGGACUCUAGUGGAUUGCAAGAGCUGUACGGACCUUACAGUCCUAGCACGGCUUUCUCAUCUCAGAAGCAGGAGCUUGUUCCGCAGUGCUCAGACAUCAGCCCAGACCUCACGAAAAGCAGGAAGAAGGCGUUCACUGACGAACAGUUUGCUUUUCUGCUUCUCGUUGUCUUUGCAACAGUUGCCAUUUUGUUUGCUGUUAUCAUUCAAUAUUUUGUGAUCAAGUAAGCAGGCGACCCUAAGAAUUGACUGCAUUACUCAGCUUAUUAUUUUUCAUGCAGAAGUUUAUGCCUUUGGUAUUUAUGUAAAUUCCAAUUAAAUUGCUAUAGCUGGGAAUGAUUGUAUAAGACAGACAUUUCCAUUGUUGCUGCUGACUAACAGCAAGACAGGAUAGGUAGAAACUCCCCUUCCCUUCCCCAGCAACCAUACCUCCUGGGAUAGGAGAAGUUAGAGGGAAGAAAUGAAGAGAAGAAAAUCCCUAUUAUAGCACACUUGUGCAACCUCUAAUCAGGGUUAGCUGUUUAAAACAGCAAAAAGAAAAAAAAAAACGAAAAAGCUGCCUUAACACGCACUUGUGAUUCUCAGAGCUUGACUUUAUUCUCACAGUAAGAUCUUUAUUUUUGAGUACAGCAAAGUGAGGGGUGGGGGAAAACCAACCACUUCAGCCCAAGUCUUGGCACGUGUGUGAUAACAGCAGCAAAGCUUAGAACAGGACUGUAUUACCAAACAUUGCUAGAGCAUACCACAUUUGAGAUACACUGUAGAAAAAAUCGAAACCAAAACAUCCGCUUUCACUUCAGCGAUAGUGCUACUUUUAUUUUGCGAGUUGUUUUAAUCGUUGGGGUUCCAAUAGUUUAACACAACAUCAAGAGCCAGUGGUAGGAGAAGACGUCGGCAUCCUCAAGAGUUUUUUUUAAUCAGAAGUGCUCAAGGCACCGAAAUCAUCUGCACACAGAGGGAUCUGCAUUGGUAUGUGAUGUGGCAAAACUUGUCCCCUUGUAUACUGUACAUUUCUAAAUGAAAUGCUUUCUGUCGUUGGUAAACAACUGUUGGCCCAACCCAGAGUUCACUCUCAGUGCCUGAGAGAACAGUAACACCUGUGCUUCUGACUUAAACCGCUGCAGUGUUUUUUUCAGAGGAAAAGCACAGAUUUUUGGUCUUUAAUGAGAACAAAAGUGCAUUUAUGAUAAAUGUUUCACUAUUUGGCUCAAACUGAGCAAAUGUUUUUUGUACUAUUCUUAAUGUGAAAUUUAAAAAGAAAAUCAAACUGUGGUUUGUUUUUGUUCCCUCCCCCCCCUUCUUGGGAUGCUCUUCUAAUGUAAUCCAACUGAUCAAGUCACAUGUGAAAAUGAAUUUUCUUCUAAAAGUUUAGAUAUGAGUUUUAAAGGAAUUGCUCCCUCUUCCGUAGCAAUUCCAUAUUCCAUUGUUUUUGUGCUUCACGUCUUUUCUGUUUUGUGAUGAAAACCUUCAGUGACAGGUCUGGCUGUGGAUGGAAUAGUGUUUGUGUUUUGUUUUUUGGGGGGUGGAUAUCAUGCACUACAUAGAACUGUUCUUUGUCAAGCCUCUGCAGCAGGUACCUGUGAAGUAAUUAAAUGUUGUCUUUAGAUUCACGCUCUCUUGAACGCUGGAAAACCGCCCAUUUUAUUUUCAACGGAGUCAAGUGAAAGGGGCCGUGCAUUUUGUUAGGUUUUGCAUACUGGUGAGGACUCAACAGCUAUACUUUAUGAAACAUCAGAAUGCUUGCACUUAUAUGUGAGACCGUGGGAGUAAUGUGUAACUCAUUUUAGCUCAACAUGUGUCUGUUUGAGAAAAUAGAACAUCAUAAAGUGUUUCUCAGCUGACUGUUAGUUCAUGAUGAUAGCUUAUGGUUUGUAGCAUUGUGUUUGCAUUUCACAUCUGGGGGAAAAACACACACACACACACACACACACACACACACACACACACACACACACGAGACGACAUAUCACUAUCUUAAAAGUAGAUUUUAUGGUGCAAUCUGAAAUUAACCUUUUUCAAAAAUGUACUCUCCUCUUUUGUGAUCUAUUUAUUUUGAUUUUAAAAAAAUUCUGGAAAAUGUAUGUUUGAAUGUAUUGUUCUACUUGUAGCAGAACUUUUAAGUUAAUCAUUUAUUGUAAUGGAAGACCCUCUUCAGUGUUGGAAAGAGUUUUAUACAAAUGUUAGUGUCCUUAGUUUGCAGGAACGUUUACAACAUGUUCUCCUUAAUUUCCUUUCAUAUUUCACUUUUUUAUGAAACAAUAGAUUGUUUUCAGCAGAUUUCUGUUGCCAAAGCAUGUGUUUUUGUUAAACUCUGACAAAAAUGAUUGGGGGGGGGGUCUGAAUGAAUUGGCAAUAGUAUGUCAGAUACAUUUUUUAAAAUUAGGUUUUCUGAAUAAAUACUAACCAAAAUUGUGACUUCCUAGAAAGUUAAAGUUUAAUUUGUAUUUGUAAUUGCCACAAACUGUUUAUAUUUCCAGAAUGUUUACUGGAAAGCAUAAUGUAGAAUUUUAUAUUUACAACUAUACAUUCCAGAUAGAUGUAAUCUAGUGGCAUUAAUGUAUUAGAUCUCCUUUUCUCUUGUAUUGUAAUUUUGCUGUAUUUCAUACUUAUGUUAAACCUGCCAGGCAUUGUAUUACUAAAUUGUAACUAUCAAAUAGAUAAUAUAUUUAAUAUGGCCAAUAAAAAUAUAAAAUUGUUCACA